GUAUUUGCUUCAUUUAAAGGUGAGCAAUGUGAAUAAAUUUGCUGCAGUUUCAGUAGAGUUCCUCAAGCGUCAGCCAGAACCGGAAGUCGAUGUACUGUUAACCAAUAUUUGUAUCCGGCCAAAUUCUGGGCGAUGUGUCAACCCAUCCAGCAUAGGUAUCGACAAUUUGCAUUGAAUCAUACUGAAAGAGACCACCAUAAUUUCAUCGAAGGAUAUUAUACGAAAGAUAAACAAAGUAACGACUGCUUGUUACUUAUGGAUGGAGCAAAACCCCACGCCAACAUUUUUGCAUUUGGUAAUGCUGACGCACAUCAAAAUAAAAUGCAUUCUGAAGAUCAGGAAACUGUUGGAAUGCUGGCAUGUUCUUCUCGCAGGAAUUACAAUUCAAGGAUAAGACCAAAAACAAAUGAAAUGGUGUCUAUGCACUAUCAUUCUUCCUUUUCUUUGUCGAAAGCUGCAUGCUAUUCAUUGGCUAUAUUCGGUAAACGAUUUUUCAAUAUUGGUAGUUUUAUACGGUAUAUUGUGUUGUUCUCAAUUAUGUUAUCAGUUUCCAAUAAUGUGACAUGUAACUCCACGAAGGCGAAUGAAAUUGUCAGUAAUUUAACAAUCAAGAUUGAUGCAGUCCAACAAAGUAUGAAUCGGCUAAUUGAUGCCUUGGCUGGGAACUCUAGCACACCAGAUCAUAAUAUUUCAUUUGUGGUAUCGGAAGGAGCAACUGGAAAUUUCACACGUCCUAAUCAGAGUGACAAAUUGGCUAUGCUUGAGAACGAAAUGAAGAAAAUGAAAGGAGAUAUUGAGCAAUUGAUUCAAUCAGCGAACAUAACAGCUGAAGAUAAAACGCGUCUUGCCAAUUUGGAAUCGUCUGUAGAAGUAUUGCAAAAACUGUUGGACGACCAAAAACAUGAGAUGGAUCAAAAACUUGCGCAGUUGGAAGCUUUGAUUGAGUUUCUGCUCGGAACUAUAAAAGAACUUCGUGCUGAACUUGACAGUCUCAAGCGAAAGGCUGAACUGGAGGAGGAAGAUAGAAGGAUGCGUAGGUUACCUACAGAAUGCAUUGAGGCCAUCAAGAGUCACGACUUUAUCACUGCUGAGAGCAAGCUUCAAGAAAUGAACGAUGAUACCAAGAUCAACUUAAUCGUAAACAAUGUAUACGAUCACCACCAGAGCAAUUUUGAAUUGCUGCUACGGUUUGCAGAAAGUAUUACCGUAAAGCAAAGAGGUUUUUUAGUUUUGAAAGCAUUGAAUUACGAAAUGGACAAUAAUGGACACAAAGACCCAUUCAAAAUGGUGAAGUUAGUAGGUAGCCUCAGGAGAAAUAUCAUUGCUAAUCAAAACACUUCAGCGCAGACGAAACAGCAAGCGGGAUUGUUUGAGAAUGACCUGAACAAAUCGAUUAAAACCGUAUCGAAAGAAAAGUUGAAACAAGCUAUGCUGAAUAAUGUUUACGAAUCAAACGAAAUUCAAACUCUCUCUAAUGAUAUCUUUCGGGUCAGUGAUAAAUUAUUUGGCGAUAUUAUUAAAGAUGUUGUCAAUGAAAUUUUCCAGCUAAUGGACACCAAAAAAAUAUUGAAAUAUAUAAAAAGCCAUAGUUUUGUCCAGCAAUCUGUUCUUGGUUAUUCUGCCGUAUUUAACAGGAUACGAUAUUCAAAUAGCGAUUCCUUGUUCAGUAUUGCUUACUAUAUUAAAGAUGCAAUGGAAGCACCCAGUUUUGCUAGUCUUGAUUCUAAUUAUAAAUCUACUCUAAAUCAAUUGAAAAAUUCUCUACCCCAAUCUGUGAGGAAUGCAGCAUUUGCCUCAAAAGUCUGUAUUGAGAACAAAAUUUAUCCAAAAUAUUUAUAUGCUUCUGGGAAAUACCUUCACGAUAAUCCGAGACGCCACGUGUUCACCUGGAUGCCCGAUAAUAAAAGAGACGUCAAUUAUAGAGAGGACCACUGGGAGCUCAUUCGAACUGGUGACAGUUUUUACAUUUACAAUGUAGCUCAUCGGGAAUACAUGUAUUCCCCCAGUGAGUACAAGGAUUUCAAGCAAGGCAACGAUAGGCGCAAAGUUUUCACCUGGACCGAAGGCGGCUCUUUCGACAGUUGCAAAUGGAAACUGGAACCGGCUGGAGAUAACGUUUACAUAAAAAGUGCUGUACGAUCGGAGUAUUUGUAUACGUCCAACAGAUAUAAACACGCAAACGUCCAACAGAAGAUUUUCACAUGGAUUCCGGGGGGACGGGUGAGAAAUGGAUUAUGGACAAUUGUUGAUUGUAGUAAUGCGUGAAAAUGUCGGAACAGAGGACGAUGUUAUAUGAUUCGAAUAAAAUGGCAAUAUAAAGUUUGAAUAUUGUAAAACAACUGAUUGCACUUUAACACUUCACUUUUUGCAAAAUAAAAUAAAAA